AUGGUGGAAGUUCUUAUUUCGCACGGUGCGAAUAUCAAUGAAAUAAAUAAAAAUGGAGAAACAGCACUUCAUAUUGCAGCAUAUCAUUAUAGUAAAGAAACUGCAAAAGUACUCAUUUCGCAUGGCGCGAGUUAUGCUCUUAGAUAA